GAAUUCGAAGCCCUAAAAUCGAGUUGGCUUAUAAAGUAGUAGGACAUGGAAUCCUGAAGCUGGCUGGGAGGAGUACGUUUGGAAAUGGAAAAACUUUCGGUGAUGUUUUGGAUGUUCUCUGCCCUGCGCGGUCUUGGAAGCCGUACCUUGGAUGAUUUCCAGACAUUUUCCGUGAUCACUUGAAUCACACCGAGAUCGAUCACUCCGAGUUUCGGCAACCACCAGAAUUCAAUUAACGUAUCAAGUAACUAACGCAACGCGGUCUCAAACCAGUAGGGUACUUUGCUUGUGACAUUUCCUUCCGGAAUGUCACUUCGUCCUGCUUUCAAUCGCACUUGAAAUAGUUUUCAGUCAGGUAAUUCAUUCAAAGCUCGGCUUGAAGUUACAAAAGACCCCGUUGUUUAGGAGACUGCGUUAUUCUAUACCUAUUAGCCAUCGGGCACAAUUAUCACAGGUUUAAAAAUGUUCACUCUAGGUAGAAUAACUUUGGUUGUAGUGCUGAGCCUUCCCAUAUCUGGUUUGAUAUUGCCUCCAGAUAUAUCCCAAGGAGUUUAUUGUGAGAGUUGUUGCGCUGUUAUGAAAGAACUGGACAAGUUUUUGGCAAAAAAGAGUUCAGACCCCAGAGAGCUACAGGUGGUAGAGGCAAUAGAAGAUGUUUGCAGAUCAAAACAUUUAAAUAAGUAUGGAUAUUCACCAAUAACUCUUGUCAAAGCCUGCAGAUUUUUAAUAGGGAAACAUGAAGAAGACAUAGAACAGCUGUACCUGAGAGGGGUUGAUAGCGUUAACACAGAGAAAGAGUUUUGUUACAAGCUGAGCAAGAUAUGUGAAGGUGUAGACAGAAGUAAAAAAGCAAAAGAUCCCCUUCAGAAACGCUCCAAGCAUGACACAGCGAAGUUGGUGGAACGGAUUAAAUCACAAAAACAACAGCAUGUGAAGGGAGGCCACCCGGGAGAUAACAAGGUUGUCUACAAAGAAAAAACUGAAUUAUAGUUGAAGCAAAAAAUAACUAUAUCCAGAAAAUUGAAAUACUUCUUUGUAGGUGGGGAUUUUCUUGGCUUACUAUUGCCGAGUAAUACGGACGAGAUUUCCUUUUGAAAUCAUCGUUUAAAAGUAAAAACUGUUGCAAGUAAUAACAGUGCACUGUACGGGUUAAACGGCAGUUUUUCCCUACCCAGUGUUUUGCGGCAACUUGCAACACGUUUGAUGAAUGCCUACAAUAUACCUGCAUACUACAUUAAACGCAAACUUGACGAGCCAAGAGCAGUUCUUAGUUUUCUCAGCUGAUGUUCCAUUUUGACGACGAAAGUACAUUACAUACUUUCUGAUGGGUAUCGCUCGAUUGAGAAAUUUCCCGCCGUUACGCUGCAGCCAGUCGUUGGUUUCAUGUAAACUGACUCUUUCCUGCAAAUUUUCUAGAAAUUUAUCUUAAGUUAUAAUUCACCUUAGCCUAAUGUAUUCUUAAUGUUAUGACGAUUAGAUGCUGAGAACCGAAUUAAUGUUUUGUUCCCUAUAAGAGAAAUAUUAACGGCAACUUUUCCCAUUCAACGAGGACUGCCCUCGUUCCCAGAAUGAUUAGGUGUGUUAGGCCGCGAAUUAUUCCUACACUUUUUUAUUUUUGCCUUCAGCGAUAAGUAUGCCUUUUCCUUCAGCAGACAAUGUCACUAAAAUGCUAUACUGUUAGUUACUUUUUGUCACAAAUUUCUGAUUGCAGUGCAGUUGGCAUUUUAAAGGAAGUGAUUUAAACGAGUAAAACCAGUUUAGUUGCACUUGUUUAAAAUUUUACCGCCUCAGUUGAGAGAAUUUCCCCUUCGGUUAUUAAAAUCCAGCAGAUCAGCUAGGCUUCAUUUUUCCUUCAUUUUCUCUUCUUUCGCGCGGACUCCCCGAGUUUCCUUCGCCUCUGUUAGCUUGUGAAAAUGCAAAAACAUUAUUUAAAAGUCACCCAUCCUGUAGAGAUUUAGAAUUAACUUGUACUUUUUUGCUGAAGUAAUUGGUCCUAACCGGAGGUUGUAAGAAUUAUUCUAAUAAAACUGACUGAUUUGAUA